AUCGAGUCGAUACACAAAAAGCAGCGCGACCAACCCCAAUCCCUUCGGCUCGCAUGCUCCAGCGCCGUCGCCUCUUUAUAGCUAGCCGGCAAAUCACCGUCCACUUGAGCCUCAUCCUUCCGCUUCCACAGCUCCAUCCGGCCCGCGAGCGAUUCGAUUCCCACUCACUACCACUCCUUUCGAAAGCCCAUAAGUGUUGACUUCGUCCGACGAUCUAAAGUCUUGGUACGCGCAACGUGUCAAUAUAUUUCGGUUUCCUAGGAUCAUGUCACUCCGCACUCGAGAUGGUCGACUGGCUGCCUGACACGAGAGCGAGCGUCCAGCUGGCACUGCCGCGUCUUCCGACACCAUCAUGCACAAUGGCGUCUUCAACUAGAGUGGUUGGUCGACUGCGCAGGCCUUACGUUUCCCAGCCCGGCUGUAUGCGCGCCCAAAUUCUCAAAGAAACCUGCUACCUGCUGCACUACGGCAGCUGACACCUCUGCGAUAACCACUAACUGUCUGCCCAGUCGGCUCACGCUGCGCCAGCGAUAAGUGAGCGUGAUGCCUUCUGGAUCAAGACGCAGAGCCCGUCCGCCAUGAUCGCGAAAAGUUUGGUUCUCAGGAGAUAUGACGCGCUGUCAAACGCUUCCUUCGAACUCAACAGCUCGGCAACCAGUGCCCCGAGCCAUCAUUGCUCGUCGCUCCGGCGGAACAGGCAUCCAUGUCGGCUUCGAUGGUGGGGUAUUAUGUGGAGGUCUGGGGGGCGCCGCAGUGCAGCAGCCAGCAGAUCCUGGACACACCGCUAUC